UGAGAUGGAAAUGAAAACGCAUGAAGUCUUGCUAGAUAUAAGUGAUCUCCUGCCUUUCCGAGCUUUUCAGGCUUUCUCACACACAGAAAUCGCGAUUUCUGCACCGGAGAGCCAACCGUGUACAGUAGGAUACGUGCUGGCAGAAGCGCGGGUUUGAGAAGGUGCACCGGGGUCGAGCGGUCCAGCACGGUGCCGGGACUGGAUUUUACUGUACCCACAUUUUAUAAAAAGAGUUGGAGAUGGAGGGAAACUGGAGGAUCCUGUUCUCCCACGUGUGCAGCACCAGCUUUCUUCUGCUCUGGAUCUUCGUCGGCUUGAAUGUGGUAGAGGUGGUAGGGUCCCAGCAAGGGAUCCCUCUGUCAGUCGUAAAGCUUUGGGCCUCUGCAUUUGGGGGAGAAAUUAAAUCAAUAUCUGCUAAAUAUUCUGGUUCCCAGCUACUGCAAAAGGAGCUGUGGGCAAUCACAGCGCCACGUCCAGGUGUCAACUCCAGCUCUGAGGGCACCACCUCAGUCAAGGGCAGCAGCAGGAUUAAGAAUCCCGCCUGUCUUGGAGGGUGGGAAGAAGGCGGACUUCCCAGAGGAAGUCCACGCAAGCAUGGAGAGAGUGUUCAAACUGCAAUUAGAAGACGUCUUCAGGGUCCCAGCCUAGGAUCUUCUUGUUCUGAGAAAUAUAAAGAAUUUGAAAAGUCAGUCAGAGUGGAAGAGAUUGAUGGUAUGAAAGUGGUCAAGAACUUGGCUGUGAAGAUGGAGGAAAUGUUCCGGAGAAAAGCCGAAGCAACAAGGCGACUCGUGGAGGCGGCCGAAGAAGCGCACCAUCAGCAUGAGGAAAAUCCCGACCUGCAGUAUGAAUACUUCAAUGCUGUGCUGAUCAAUGAAGUGGAUGAGGAGGGCAAUAAUGUGGAGCUAGGAGGAGAGUUCAUCCUGGAGCCCAAUUACCAUUUCAAUAACCUCUCAGUCAACCUCAGCCUCAGUGUUGUCCAGGUGCCCACCAACAUGUACAACAAAGAUCCUGAUAUAGUGAACGGGGUUUACUGGUCUGAGGCCCUGAAUAAAGUGUUUGUAGAUAAUUUUGAAAGAGAUCCAACACUUAUCUGGCAGUACUUUGGGAGUGCCAAAGGUUUCUUCAGACAGUACCCUGGAGUUAAGUGGCAUCCAGAUGAGCAUGGUGUCAUUGGCUUCGACUGCAGAAAUCGGAAGUGGUACAUUCAGGCCGCUACGUCUCCCAAGGAUGUUGUGAUCUUAGUUGAUGUUAGUGGAAGUAUGAAGGGGCUGAGGCUUACCAUCGCCAGACAGACUGUUUCCUCCAUAUUAGACACACUGGGAGAUGAUGACUUCUUCAACAUAAUUGCUUAUAAUCAGGAGAUCCACUAUGUGGAGCCUUGUUUGAAUGGUACGCUGGUCCGGGCCGACAGAACCAACAAAGACCAUUUCCGUGAACAUCUGGACAAGCUGUUUGCCAAAGGGAUCGGACUGCUUGGUGAAGCUCUGACUGAAGCGUUCAUGAUCCUGAGUGAUUUCAAUCAGACUGGUCGUGGCAGCGUGUGCAGUCAGGCCAUAAUGCUCGUCACUGACGGGGCAACUGAGAUGUAUGACGAUGUUUUUGAAAAAUACAACUGGCCAGAAAGAAAAGUCCGGUUAUUCCCUUACCUGAUUGGACGAGAGUCUGCAUUUGCUGAUAACCUUAAAUGGAUGGCUUGUGCCAACAAAGGAUAUUUUAGUCAGAUCUCAACCUUAGCUGAUGUUCAGGAGAACGUCAUGAGAUAUCUUCAUGUCAUGAGCCGCCCAAAGGUUAUUGAUCAUGAGCACGACACAGUGUGGACUGAGGCUUACGUGGACAGUGCUCUUUCCCUGGCCCACAAGUUGAACGACAAAUCAGGCCCAACUUUGACAACUACAGUGGCCAUGCCUGUCUUCAGUACAAAGAAUGAAACUAAGAACCAGGGUAUUCUGUUGGGGGUCGUAGGAACAGACAUCCCUCUGCAGGAGCUGAUGAAGCUCAUCCCCAAACAUAUGUUAGGGAUCCAUGGAUAUGCAUUUGCCAUCACAAACAAUGGCUACAUCUUGAUACAUCCGGACCUCAGGCCUUUGUAUCAGGAGGGUCAGAAGAGGAGGAAGCCCAACUACAGCAGUGUGGAUCUCUCGGAGGUGGAAUGGGAAGACAAAGAUGGCAUACUACGCAAUGCUAUGGUGAACAGGAGGACAGGGACCUUCUCUAUGGAGGUGAAGAAGACUGUGGAUAGAGGGAGGCGUGUGCUAAAGAUGCACAAUGACUAUUACUACACUGACAUCAAAGGAACUCCAUUCAGUGUCGGAGUAGCUCUCUCAAGAGGUCACGGAAAGUACUUCUUCAGAGGAAAUGUGUCGCUCGAAGCAGGGCUCCGUGAUCUGGAACAGCCAGAUGUCGCCCUGGCAGACGAAUGGACCUACUGCAACAUAGAGGAGGAGCAUGAACAUCGUCACCUGACCCAGAUUCAAGCUAUCAAACUCUUCAUGACGGGCCGCAGACCGCACCUCAAAUGUGACAGAGAGCUGAUCCAGGAGGUUUUAUUUGAUGCUGUGGUCACUGCUCCACUCGAGGCCUAUUGGACUGGAUUGGCUCUCAACAAGUCAGAAAACUCAGACAAAGGAGUGGAGAUUGCUUUUCUGGGAACACGUACGGGUCUUUCGAGAACCAACCUGUUUGUACCCGUUGAUCAGCUCUCCAAUAGAGAUUUCCUGACAGCAGAGGACAAGGAGGGUGUGUUUAAUGCUGAUCACUUCCCUCUGUGGUACAAGAGAGCAGCAGAGCAGGUUCCCGGCACAUUUGUCUACUCCAUCCCCUUCAGCACAGCUUUAGAAAAUAAAAGUGUGGUUUUGGCCAGCACAGCAAUUCAGCUCCUCGAUGACAGGAAAUCUCCAAUUGUUGCUGCUGUAGGGAUCCAAAUGAAGCUUGAAUACUUUCAGAAGAAGUUCUGGACUGCCUGCAGACAGUGUACAGCUCUGGAUGGAAAAUGUAGCAUUAGCUGCGAUAAUGAGGACAUCAACUGUUAUCUCAUUGACAACAAUGGAUUUAUUCUUGUUACAGAAGAACAGUCUCAGACAGGGCUUUUCUUUGGAGAGGUGGAAGGUGCUGUUAUGAACAAACUGCUACAAAUGGGAUCCUUCAAAAGGAUCACUCUUUAUGACUACCAGGCCCUUUGCAGAGAGUAUGCUGGGAGCAGUGACAGUGCACGCACUUUGUCAGAUCCAUUUUCUGUAGUUAAAUGGCUUCUGACUGAACUUGUCAUUUUCCUGCUAGAAUUUAACCUGUACAGCUGGUGGAAUAUUGAUCUCUCAGUUAAAGCUCAGAGAUCUCGGGGUAAAACCAUGAUGGUACCAUGUGAUACAGAAUACCCUGCAUUUGUGUCUGAACGCACCAUCAAAGAAACAACUGGAAACAUUGAGUGCGACGGCUGCAUCAGAUCUUUUGUCAUACAGCAGAUUCCCAGCAGCAACCUGUUCAUGGUUGUUGUGGAUAAUAAGUGUGACUGCAGCAGUGCUCCUCCAGUGACAAUGGAUCCCAUUGAGAUCAUAUAACGAGUCACUAAAAUGUGAGAGACUGAAGUAUCAGAAGGACAGAAAAAAGCCUGAAUCAUGUCAUCCUUUCCACCCUGAGGAAAAUGCCAUGGAGUGUGGUUCAGCAACACGCUUCUCCAGUCCCCUAGCAGCAGCUCUGCUGCCUCUGAUAACAGCGACCAUCAGCAGGUGACCAAUAGCAGCUGCAG